AUGCAUAUUAUCUACCACCAAAUCUUAUACAUCUUACUUUAUUCCAAACUAACGGCUUCUUCAUCUAAUGCUAUCAUUUCCUUGGAUAUUUUGUUUGAAGUAAAGAAGCUUGCUCUCACCAAAAGUAUUGAUGAUGUGUACUCAUGUAUUCACGUGAAUGCGAUCAAAGCAAGGCUUGAUAUGUCCAUACAUAAUCAUGAGGAGAAGAAAAGGUGGAUCGAGGCAACUAACUUGAUUCACAAAGAUGUUGUAUACAAAUAUCUUGAUUACGAGAUCAAGGUGGAAAAACAAGAAGUAAAAUAUCUUGAAGACUUUCUUGGUAUGAAUAAAAUGAUAAAUAAGAAAUGUAAUGAGCUUAGUAAAUAG